AAGAAGGCCGGCAGACAAACUGAUCAUUGUCAUUCAUCUGAGGAAGCCUCGUCCGCUCCUGCUCCGAACGAGAUGCAGUGCAGCUGCAGCUCCUCAGUGGGACACCUUUCAUCACCUUACUGGAGCAGAACAGUGCUUUUCCCUGAUUGGGCGUACAAACCGGCGUGGUCGCCAGGGUCCAGGCAGGUGCAGCUGUGGCACUUCCUGCUGGAGCUGCUGGGGCGUGGCGAGGGUGGGGCCAUCGGCUGGGGAGGAGAGUGGGGCGAAUUCGUCAUCCGUGAUCCAGAGAGGCUCGCCAGGCUGUGGGGGGAGAGGAAGGGCAAACCACACAUGAACUACGACAAGCUUAGCCGGGCGCUCAGAUAUUACUACAACAAACGCAUCCUGCACAAGACCAAAGGGAAAAGAUUCACCUACAAGUUCAACUUCAACAAACUCAUCCUGGUCAACUAUCCAGGACACCCACCACCUCCUCCUCCACCUCCAUCCAGUCAUCAGCUGGUACAGAGCGGCCCUCUUCCCUUCCCUCUCCUCCCCUCUGAGAGUGGUCUUCCUCUGUGUGGAGGAGCGGCCUCAAUGAUGGACAGAGCAAUCCUCCCUGUGCCUCACCCCUUCCUGUUCCCUUGCUGCCUCCCAAAGCCCAUCUCCACACCUCACGCUCUCCACGGCCACUACCCCUUCAUCUCUGCUCCUGCACAUUCAGGGUCCGACCCGAGGGAGCUGAAGGAGUCAGGUCUGCCGCCUCUGACCUCGCUCGGCGCUAACGUCUGGCCCCACCGGAGCCCUGGACGCUGGGAUCAUCUGAACCACUUCAGUCGAAGCCUGUUUGUUGGAAUGAGGCAGACAGAGAGUGAAGGAGAGGGGAGGAGAGGGGGGAGUAACACACUGAUGGGGGAGAGGGAGUGAAGAGAAAGGAACACAC